UAGGACAACUCCAAAAAGAGUGAACGCCGCUCGUUGUUUACACCGACAUCGUUACUUUUAAAAGAGAUCACUUGUUUUACUUUGCAAAUAGAGACUAUUGAUAGCAUCAAUACCGCUGCGCCUCAAAUGAGAUUAUUCGCUUUGUAAAAUAACAGGAUUUGUGUUUCCUCCUUAUGUGUUGGCGAACCUUAACACAAUGAAGUCAGAUAUUCAGUAUGUAAAGAUGGUUGACAUGGAGCUAAGUAGAGGAGAAACACAUCUUGGCUCACAAAAGUAUUACAGGUGUUUGGUCAUCCUUACCUGUCUAACCACAGUGCUGUUAAUACUCCUGUCCCUCCAAACCCUGCUCGUUCCUCUUGCAACUUCCUCCUCAGAAUCUUCUGGACAGCAUGAACAUCGUCUUAUCAGAGAGACCUGUACUGAUCCCUGCAGGAUUGUUUUAGUGGAGAGUAUUCCUGAGGGACUUGUGUUUAACUCCUCUGCCUCUCACCAAUCCAUAUAUGAAGCCUGGCUUAACCUCAUAGCUGGUGCUCAAACCAGUUUGGACAUUACCUCCUUCUACUGGACUCUUAGCAAUAGUGACACACACACAAGUGAGACCACAGCCAAUCAGGGAGAGCAGAUUCUGCAUGAAUUAGGGCGGCUCUCUGAGAAAGUGUCUGUUCGGAUCGCAGUUGAUACACCAUCAGAGACGAAACCUCUAGAUGACAUUAGGUUCCUUGUGAACUCUGGUGCUGCUGUGCGGAUGGUGAAUAUGCGGGAGCUCACGACAGGCGUGCUGCAUACAAAAUUCUGGAUUGUGGAUAAGAAGCACAUUUACAUAGGUAGCGCCAAUAUGGACUGGAGAUCACUAACCCAGGUGAAGGAGUUGGGUGCAGUUGUGUAUAACUGCAGCUGUCUUGCUGAGGACCUUGGGAAGAUCUUCGAGGCCUAUUGGUACCUGAAUCAGACCAAGGCCAUUCCCACCCACUGGCCCAGCAAAUUCUCUACUCUGUACAAUAAGGACACACCCAUGCAGCUGUCACUCAAUGGGACUGACGCCAGUGUGUACCUAUCAAGUUCUCCUCCUUCAUUGUGUGCUGAAGGCAGGACUCCAGACCUGCAGUCUAUCCUCAGUGUGAUUGGGGAUGCCCAGCAGUUUGUCUACAUUGCUGUGAUGAACUAUCUUCCCACAAUGGAAUUCUCCAAAUCCCAGAGGUACUGGGCAGAUAUUGACACCCAGCUGCGCCGUGUGGCUUAUGAGCGAAAAGUUCGUGUGCGUCUGCUGAUCAGUUGCUGGGAGACUACCAGCCCAAUCAUGUUCCCUUUCCUCAACUCACUUGCUUCCUUGCAGGAUACAAACAAGCUGGACAUUCAAGUGAAAAUUUUUACAGUGCCUUCCAACCCUCGACAGAAAGAAAUUCCAUUUGCCAGAGUAAACCAUAACAAGUACAUGGUCACAGAUAAGGUUGCGUAUAUAGGUACCUCUAACUGGUCAGGAGACUACUUUGUGAACACUGCAGGUUCUGCAUUAGUGGUGAACCAGACUUCAGCUCAGAUGACAACACCUACAGUCCAAGAGCAGCUACAAGCGGUAUUUGAAAGGGACUGGGAUUCUUCAUACAGCAGUGAGAUCAAGCACACCACCAACUAUGAAGUUAUUUGUUAGACCAGCUUUGUGCCUUGCACUUUCUUUAUACUGCAGAGGGCGACGUGGAGUGCUUGGGAUUACACUGUUGGCAUACAUUAUGGAUUACUGCACCAUUUGGGGGGGUCUAAAACGCACCUUGACCUUAACCUUGCCAUCACCUAUUUGUUUAUAUUUUUUAUUCUAGCAUUAAACAAGGGGUAAGGGGUCAAAGAACAUCCACUGAUUUUAAUCUGUCCUGGUCUCUUAAGAUGAAUCACAUUUCCACUCACUUCAUAUCUGUAGCAUAUAAAUAACUUUGCAUAUAACUGCACAUGUUUUCUUUUAACUGACAUGCAAUACCUCUUUACAGAAACACUUUCCUUUUGAUUGUUUGUAAUAUUUGAUGAACUUAUAGUGUUGGGGUAUUCUAACCCUCGUCUCAGGAAGACAUUGUUUUAUUAAUGAUUUAAUAUACUGUUGAUUUGCUGGUUUUUCACUUUUUUAGGUUGAUUUUAAUAAUUGAUAUGUGCUGUCUUGGAUCUCUUCAAGUUGUAUGUUUUGUUUGAAAAAUAAUCUUAACAGUAUUUACCUUUUUAACAAUGAUCAUGUCAGCAUGGAUCGAACUUUGUUGGCUAUAGUCAUUGACACCAAGAGCAUUUUUGUUCUGUGGCAUUUUAUGUUACAGUACCAUCAUUCGGAGGCCACUGUCAACAAUUGCACAUGUUUUAGCUGCACAAUUUUGUCUUCAGGACUUGCAGGGUGAUAAAUUGUAAAGUGUGUUUAUAUUAUGUCUGUAAAUCUGUUGAGAAUGCCAAAUGACUCAUGUAGAGACUAAUGAGGGAUUUAUACAAUACAUGUUUUACAUUGAAUAACCUCUCUGUUUUUGAAAAUACAAAUAUUUAAUUGUCUUACUGUGAAUUUUCAUAUUUAAGGAGCCUUUGUUAAAAAUUCAAGGGAAUUUUUUCACAUUCAAUUUAAUUUGACAUCUUUCCUUUGAGAGUCGUGUGUUGUAUGAACUGAAACUAUUGCAUGUUUUGAUUCAAUAAACAUUUGA